CCUCCUCCCUUUUAUUCCAGAUAUGAGAAAUGAGUGUUGGACGUCGAAGAAUAAAGUUGUUGGGUAUCCUGAUGAUGGUAAAUGUCUUCAUUUAUUUGAUUGUGGAAGUCUCCAAAAACAGUAACCAAGAAAAAAAUGGAAAGGGGGAAGUAAUUAUACCCAAGGAAAAGUUCUGGAAGACAUCUGACCUUCCCGUGGCAUAUUGGAACCGAGAACAAGAAAAGCUGAAUAGGCGGUACAACCCCAUUUUGAACAUGUUGGCUAACCAGACUGGGGAAGUGUACGGGUUUUCCAAUGUAAGCCAUUUGAAUUACUGUGAACCAGACCUGAGGGUCACAUCAGUAGUUUCAGAUUUCAGCAAUUUGCCAGACAGAUUUAAAGACUUCCUGCUGUAUUUGAGAUGUCGAAACUAUUCAUUGCUUAUAGACCAACCUGGUAAGUGUGCAAAGAAACCCUUCUUACUGCUAGCGAUUAAGUCCCUCACUCCACACUUCGCUAGAAGGCAGGCAAUUCGGGAAUCUUGGGGCAGAGAAACCCAUGUGGGGAACCAGACAGUGGUGCGAGUCUUCUUACUGGGCCAGACGCCCCCAGAGGACAACCAUCCUGACCUUUCAGAUAUGCUGAAAUUUGAGAGUGAGAAGCACCAAGACAUUCUUAUGUGGAACUACAGAGACACUUUCUUCAACUUAUCUCUGAAAGAAGUGCUCUUUCUCAGGUGGGUGAGCACUUCCUGCCCAGACGCUGAGUUCAUUUUCAAGGGCGAUGAUGAUGUCUUUGUGAACACCCAUCAUAUCCUGAAUUACUUGAAUAGCUUAUCCAAGAACAAAGCCAAAGAUUUGUUUAUAGGUGAUGUGAUCCACAAUGCUGGACCCCAUCGGGAUAAGAAACUGAAGUACUACAUCCCAGAAGUCGUUUACACUGGCGUCUACCCACCUUAUGCGGGGGGAGGUGGAUUCCUCUACUCGGGCCACUUGGCUCUGCGGCUGUACAAUAUAACUGACCAGGUCCUUCUCUACCCCAUUGAUGACGUUUAUACUGGAAUGUGCCUUCAGAAACUUGGCCUCGUUCCAGAGAAACACAAAGGCUUCAAGACAUUUGAUAUAGAAGAAAAGAAAAGAAAUAACAUUUGUUCCUAUCUAGAUUUGAUGUUAGUACAUAGUAGAAAACCUCAAGAGAUGAUUGAUAUUUGGUCUCGGUUGCAAAAUGCUCAUUUAAGUUGCUAAAAUGUAUACAAACUAAAGUUUGCAUAGAAAGGCAUAUCUUGAAUAGUUCCCAUGUUGUGUUCUCUCAUUAGAGGUAAUUUCUAUGCUAAAUCAUCAAAAUUGCCUUCAUAAGUAUAGUAUCCAUAUGAGGGCCUCCAAACCCUUUUCAAUGUGUGGUAUUUUCUGAAGAUGAAAAGCAGAUCAUAAUUUUUUAAGGAGGAUAUGGCAGGACAAUUGGUUCUUAUUCUUUCUACUGGCUGGUGGUCAUCAUUUUCUAAUUUGUUUCCCCUUUUCAUCUGAAAAAAUAAGUUUCUGGAAUUUUACCAUUUUAAGUUAUUUUUGUUUUGCCCUCGUACUAUUCCUACUUUCCAUUAUAAUGAGUGAAUUGUCUGCAAUUGAGGUGUUUAUAAACCUUUUGGCUACAAAGAAUUUGUUAUACAUUACUCAGUGGUUUUUGUGAAAUGGAAUUAAAUUAAUUUUUAUGAAAUUUGGACACAUUUUUAAAAUUGUCUAGAAAAACUGACUUCUGUUGAAAUUUCCUGCCACCCCAACAGUAUUUUCUUAUUAAUCUAAUCAGUUAAUUUUGUGAAAUGAGGAUCACUGUGACAUUUAUCCAGUUUAUCUUGUGAUCUUACAGUCAUAAUAAGGAGAUUAUGAUACAAGAACAUAAUGACUGUUCUUUGGUUUGCUGGGUGGUAUCGUAAUAAUUCUGUUUUUAGUAUUUGAAAAUAAUGAGUAUGAUUUCAUAAUGGCCAACUGAAGAUUGAAUUGACCCUGGCAGUCAUAUCAUGUUUAUGAUUUUUUUAAGGUGGACCAGGAAAAGCAUAUGUAACUUUUGAACUUUACAUGAAAAGAUCAGACUUGCAAAUCUUUUCAUGAGUGGUUUGUCAGCCUACAACUUCGGGAUUCUAUUCUCGCCAUAUUUUCACAUGUUGCUUAUACAGAAUUAUUCUAAGUAGUGACUGCUUCCCUGUCUCGGUGUAGAAGUGCCUGUGUUUUUAUUUAUUGUUCAGAUCAAUGACCAAAACAUUUUCUUAAAUAUAUUUUGUGUAAUAUUUUAUUUGUAUACAGUGUUGUUGAUGGAAUAUUUAACUAGAGCAUGAUAUUUUAAAUGUUAAGGUGUAACAUAUGUUAAAUAAAGCUGUUACUUUUGAAUUUUAAAAUUCAUUUUUUGGGGGGCCGUUAGCUGCUAGAGUUGACAAAAUUCUGCCAAACCAUUACUUAUAUAUACCAUCUUGUAACAUGCUUUCCUGAAAAUUUUUUUGUGUUUAUAGAGUUGAGGAUUCUUACCAGAUGUGAUACUGGGGACUGUAAGAAGAUGGAAAAAAAUAAAGUUACUUUAUUUUUAA